GCUGUGGGCUUACCCACCACCUACCCGGCACUGUUCCUCAUCAGGGCAACAGCAGAGAGAUAGAUAAGGGUACCAUGACAACUCUGAAGGACGGAGGGAGAAACGAUCGGCUCAGCUGGAGCAAGAGAGCAGAACAUAGAUUACGGGAGGAGCUGAAGGAGAUCGCUCUGAAGAGGUGCGACGACAGCGUGGCCAAGUUUGCCGCGUGCGCCAGGGAGAAGGGGAUGCUGGUCGUGUUCUCCUGCAGGGAACAAAACGCCUUGAUGAACUCGUGCCUCAACCAGCACACCAACGAAGAGAGCUUCGACCGCUACAAGUUCGAACGAGAAAUCGAGCUGCACCGGGAGACUCAAGCUGCCAAGUCACCAUAGGGACAACUUAUGUAUCUGCAGGUUAACUUAACUUCAACUGUAGGCUCUGAUUUGAUCCUUCUCGUAGCGUAAGCGUGUGGAGUUUCCAGUGCCGUUUUUGUUUGCUUCCUGAACUGACCGGAAAAGCUGCCGCACGGGGGCGUGUAAGACACCGCGAUUCUCUGUACACACGAGCCCACGUCAAUGCUUGAAAAUACCUGGUACACCGAGAUGUGGGACAAUGCGGACUGUCUCGCACGCCGCCUGCCGUCGGAUGUUGGUCAAGAUAGCGUCUGCACUUUGGAACCAUACUCUUGUUUUGGCCCAGACUGGGCUUCUUUAUUUUCCUCAUGUGGGCUACAAAUAGCUCCUACUUCGUAUUUCAAAGAAUGAUGUUCUUAGCUGCCUAGCUUUGGCCGAGGCUGGUUUUCUUACAGUUCCUCACUUGGGCUACAAAUGGCCGCUAUUAGUGUAGGUCACGAAUGGUCCUCAAAUCUCUCAUGCGUGAUUAUAAACAUUUUGAGAGUGAAAUAGUGAAACUCUUAGAUGCCAAGUUCUUAGGUGCGGAGGCGCUAUCUGUAUCGCGUUGCUCAGCCGGUUUUGAAACACGGCGUGUUGUCUCACUUGUGUUGUCGUUCAACGUGUGCUUCUGGAGAAGGUUGGUGCCGUCCUUCUUUGGCAAUCUCGUUAGGACGAGAAAUUCUCAAGUCUUGUUGCAGGAUUGGCUUUCGAUGCAUAUGAAGACUGUGAGGGAGGGAGGGAGGGAGUCAUGCCGCUUUUCGCUGUUGCAUCUAAACGUUAGCACUGUUCAUGUAUCUCUCUUGUCCGGAUAAAUUGAUUGAGAGAGAUAAAGGGCGCAUGGUGGAUAUGAAGGGUCGCCCCCGCCCCCCCUUUCUGCUUUGCACUUUCCCGCCGUGAGACGUUGAAAGAAAGUGCAACAUCCGCCGCUCAUUGGAUGAAGAACCGAUGUUGCAGGUUCAUUCGUCGCGCACCAUGCUAGGGGGGGGGCGGGGCAGCUGUUCAUGUGGUCUCAGUCCCAUGUUUAAGAGCUCGGAAGAAGCAAGAUUUCUGUGGUAGUGGGUUCGUUCUUCAAUCACCAAGGGAGUUGUCCCCAGCGGGCGAUCCCCUGCUGCUGCGGGGAAUGCGGCUACACUUGUAGCACUCCAAUUCACAUGCACCACGACGCGAUUUUCUUCCUCGUGCACGAAGAUACAACUUUUCGAGCGU